CAUCAUAAAAGGAUACCUCUUCUUCUAUAUCGCUUCUGUCCAUCCCAGACUAAGAAACUCCCCCCCCCCCCCCUCUUUUCCCUCCCACAGAAGUUAGCUGCGCCGGAAGGAGAUCUGAUCUUUCUGGUUUCCAUCCGCAAUGACGUUCAAGAGGAGAAACGGGGGCCGAAACAAGCAUGGCAGGGGCCAUGUCAAAUUCAUCCGCUGCUCCAACUGCGGCAAAUGUUGCCCCAAGGAUAAGGCAAUCAAACGAUUCCUUGUUCGCAACAUCGUAGAACAGGCUGCGGUUCGUGAUGUUCAGGAAGCUUGCGUUUACGAUGGCUACACUCUCCCCAAGCUGUAUGCUAAGAUGCAAUACUGUGUCUCCUGCGCUAUCCACUCUCAUGUGGUUCGUGUGAGGUCCCGCACUGAUCGCCGCAAGCGUGAGCCUCCUCAGCGUUUCAGACGCAGGGAUGAUAUGGGAAAGCCGGGACAGGGUCAACGCCCACCUGGUGCUGCAAAUCCUGUCCGCUCAUGAUGAGUUUUUGUUCUUUAGUUUCUGGAUUUUUUAAUUCUGUAGGAAGGAUGUCAAUGUACUUGAACAUGGAUUAGUAUUUCAAUUUUGCAGCUGAGUUUUGUUGACUACAUUGUUUUUAGAAUUUUGGGUACUCAAAUGGAAAAUGUGAACAUAUAAAUCUUCUCUCUUAAUCAAAUUUUAGUAUCCUU